CAAGCAUUUAAUUUUCAAAGCAAGAAAUCUCUCCGAUCAACAUUACUUUAAUUGAUCUUUAGUUUGUAGCAAAAGAUGUAUCGAUCGGCAAGUAUGAAUAGGUUUUCCGACGACCAUUACAGCUAUUAUGGCUCGUCGUCGCCAUCUUCAAAAGUCCCAACAGCCCUGAGGGCGUUGUCCGACGAUAGUGGCAAUGAGCUGCCAAUGUACGAGCCGCUAUCGGAUGCAGCUAAGAAGGAAAGAUCAAGAGCCAAGUUUGCGGAGAAGGCCGUUCAUGCCAUCCCUUUAGUGCUUCUUUUCUGCGCUUUCAUUCUGUGGAUUUUUUCUAAUCCGGAUAUCAACUUAAGAGGUACAAUUGCAGAAGAAAUCAAAGGAAUGGCAAGCGAUGAUACAGGACAUUUACCUCUGCACCUUGGCGAUUUGCCGGGAAAUGCCAAUAUUAUUUUCUCACGGAAUAGACCAUGAAAAAAUCGAGAAAUCAAUGAGCAUUUAUUCGAAGGUUUUAUAAAAAUUAGGCAUAGUAAUCAGCUUUAUUCUUUAUAUUAGUUUCAAAAAUUGGGGAUGUACUUUUUUCAAGAUUAUACCAAAACUACGUAUCAUCUUGGAUGGAGUCAAUUAUAUAAAUUCCCAAAAACCAAAAACACCAUUUUAAGUUGAUGGAUCCACUAUU